UUAUUUUAGAUUUGAAAUUCAGUUUUUCCUGAGACUGAUCAGAAGUUAGUGACACCUUGAUUGGAUCUAUUUUUUGGUCAGGAACCCAUUUUGCAGCAAUCAAGUUUUUAUAGGAUGCUGUAAAUAAUUGUCAAGGUUGUUUUUCAAAAAACAAAAAGAGUUACAACUUCUUCAUAGUAACAGAAACUUUUACAGGACAUUCAAUGCCUAACAUUGCAGAAACAGAAAGGUCAAAUGAUUGUGGAAAUGGUGAGCACAAAUCUGAGAGAAAGUCUCCUGAAGAGAACCUACAAGGUGCUGUAAAAUCUUUCUGCACAAGUGCCUCAGGAGCACCCUUCGGUCCCAAAGGAGAUGGUCAUUAUCCAUGGAGUUGUCCAGUGACUCAUACUCGGGAAAAAAUUUAUGCCAUCUGUUCAGACUAUGCCUUUCUCAACCAGGCAACCUCAAUUUAUAAAGCUCCAAAUCCAGCCCGCUCUUCUUGCCUCCUUGAUAGUACCUCAUUGUCUGCUGGAAAUAAUUCAAGAUACAUUGGUAUCCCAACUAGUGCAUCAGAAAUCAUCUAUAAUGAAGAAAACAGCUUGGAAAGCUUAUCCAAUAGCCUGGGCAAGCUACCUCUCGCAUGGGAAAUUGAUAAAUCUGAAUUCGAUGGGGUGACCACAAAUUUGAAACACAAAUCAGGCAAUGCAAAGAAACAAAUUUCUAAGAAAAAAACUGCAGAUAAAAAAGGAAGAUCUCAGAGGGAGUGUCCUCAGCAUUCUCCUCUUGAAGAUACCAAGCAGAGGAAAGUCUUGGACCUCAGACGAUGGUACUGCAUAAGCCGACCACAAUACAAGACUUCUUGUGGUAUCUCCUCGUUAAUUUCUUGUGGAUUUUUCUUAUAUAGCACAAUGGGAGCUGGAAAUCUUCCACCUAUUACUCAAGAGGAAGCUUUACAUAUUUUGGGCUUUCAACCUCCAUUUGAAGAUAUUAGGUUUGGUCCUUUCACUGGAAAUACAACACUUACGAGGUGGUUUAGACAAAUUAAUGAUCACUUCCACGUAAAAGGAUGCUCUUAUGUUCUAUAUAAGCCUCAUGGGAAAAACAAAACAGCUGGAGAAACUGCUUCGGGGGCCUUGUCAAAAUUAACACGUGGAUUGAAAGACGAAUCGCUGGUUUUUAUCUAUCAUUGUCAAAAUCAUUAUUUUUGUCCAAUUGGCUUCAAAGCAACCCCUGUUAAAGCUAAUAAAGCAUUCAGCAGGGGCCCUCUCUCACCACAGGAAGUUGAAUAUUGGAUCUUAAUUGGAGAAUCAAGCAGAAAACACCCUGCCAUUCACUGUAAAAAGUGGGCAGAUAUUAUUACUGAUCUGAACACUCAAAAUCCAGAAUACCUAGAUAUCUGGCACUUAGAGAGGGAGUAUCGAAAAACAAAGAAGGUUGGGGGAAAUUUGCAUUGCAUCAUAGCAUUCCAGAGACUUAACUGGCAAAGAUUUGGCCUUUGGAACUUUCCGUUUGGAAACAUUAGACAAGAAUCGCAACCUCCGACACAUGCCCAGGGAAUUGCCAAAUCGGAGAGUGAAGACAAUAUUUCCAAGAAGCAGCAUGGGCGUCUGGGCCGGUCUUUCAGUGCUAGUUUCCAUCAGAACUCGGCAUGGAGAAAGAUGUCUAGUAUCCAUGAACGAAGGAACAGUGGCUACCAGGGUUAUAGUGAUUAUGAUGGGAAUGAUUGACUAUGCUGGGUACUGAAAAAUUGGUAUUAUACAUACAACUGUUGUAUACAGGACCGCAUUAAGACAGUAGAAGAUUUUAGUAAGUCUACAUUAAAUAGGAACAGAUCUUGUGGUAUAAAAAAUAACCUUAUAGUUCUCCAGUAAAUAAAUUGUAUGUGAUUAUGAUGGGUGAUUUCAGAUAUAUAAACAGAUAAGCACAGAUUAUUGUCCUUUUAAAGUUAAGAGUAUAUAAAUAACUUGGACAAAAAGUUUCAUAAAAUCCAAUAAAAUUACAGCUGCUGUCUAAA